AUGAUCGCUGGGAUCAUGAGGACGUCAUUAGUAACAAGACUUUCGUUGUCUUGUGCAUUGCUUUCCUGUUUGUUUUGUUUGUGGAUGGAUUUCCGGCUUUUUCUUGCCGUGCAAAGCCUCAAGAGCUUCCCGGACAAUAGUAGCAGACCGGACGAAGCUUACUCCCCGUUCAAGCACAUCACGGUCAAGCUCAUGUGGAUGGACCCCAUCAAUCAGUACAUUGAAAAACCGUUGGCGCAGAGUUUCGUUCAGGGGGCGAAGCUGAGGGAAACUCUGCCAUUGUUGACGCCGAAUGUGAUCAGUUGCACGCACGUUUUCGUCGCCUUUGCAGCUGCUCGUCUCACUGCGAAACGUGGUUUCCAGGUUAGGUACGUGGCGGGUACCCUGAUGUUGGUCCGCAAUUUCCUGGACACAGUCGACGGGGCCCUGGCCCGGGAAAUCUCCAAGAACCACCAGAUGACAGACUACGGGUCCUUUGGCUAUUUUUUCGACGGCGUGUGCGACACCGCCGGGAUCGUGUUCUUCUUCCUGGGUUGCGUCAUGGCACUCAGGGUGCUGGCCACUAAACGAGGUGCACUCGCGGGUUCCGAAGGCAGGCUCGUUUUCGACGAAAUGCCGGACGUGAACCCCCACGUGGCCGAGAUGCACCGGCAAAUCUGGGCCGUCAUGUGGUGCUACGGGGUUCAAGUCAUCGUGUCUUCAGUCACGUGGAACAUAUACAUGGAGCGCUUCCACAAUUUGCUAGAACUGGGUUCUGGCUCUCAACAAGCCAAGGAGUUUGUGACAGCAGUGCGUUACUGGGGAUUCGCUUUGAUCUUCGGAUUGGUCCUGUGCACGGAAUUCUAUCUAUGGGCAGCUGCGUCAUCAGCAACCCUGGCCGAAGCGACAUCUAGCUGAGAGCUUUUCAUGUAGUUUUGCUCCUUCUAUGAAGAGAGGAUAAUGAGGAAAUGAGUACCAGCAGGCUUUUCGUGCCGCUUGCACAAGGUUUUCUACUUUUGCGUUGAUGAUAUGACGAGCUUGAAAUGAUGGACGUGGAUUACAACGCAUUACGUUUAUGCUGUCGACCCCAUCCCGUGGAUCCCACUUGAUCUCCCACAUUUUCAGCAUGAUGAUGAGCAAUUUUAUACAUUCUGUGGUCGGAAAAAAAUAGGCGAAAAAGAGCGGAGAAAUAUUCAUUUUUAUUCCGGUGUCCGUGCGUCGGAAAUUGUUUUGUUUUUCUCUAUGAUAAUUGCGAAUGAUUCUGUACGAAUCCGUGUGGAAUCGAUUUUCUCUAUCGUGGCAUUUUCUGUGGGUCGAUAUUUUUAUUUUAUCGUGGGCACCAAGUAUUUAUUGUUGGACUUUGAAUUUUAUUUAUGCUGCGUAUGCUGUGUGCUCAAAUGAAAUUGAUCAGCCACCGAGAAAUAUUUUCAAGUGAUGAAAAGAGUUACAAAUUUUGCCACCGCCCGGGGAAAUAUGAUUCCAGGAAAUUAAAAAGCAAUGUUUUGAAAAAUGCA